AUGGUGAUUGGCGAUGAAGACAUAGGACUUUCAGCAGGUUUUGAUGGCAAAGAUACAAGGGUUCUGUGCCGAUGGCUCUUAGAGGUAAUGAGCAGUCAGCGUCAUAUGGUAAGCUGGAUGGCUCUUAGAGGUAAUGAGCAGUCAGCAUCAUAUGGUAAGCUGGUGUCCAUCGGAGAUCUAAAUCCGAAUGUAAACAAGAAACUAAGUGCAGUUGCUGAUAUUCUUAGCUCCAAGCUCCCUAUUCCCAAAUCACGAUUCUUCCUCAAAAUUUUCAACUCAAAGGUAACCUAUACAACUCAAAGGCACCCCAUUACUUAUAUCAAAUUUUAG